AUGACCUCGAUUGCUGCCGCUGCGGGCAAGGUUCAGUUCAUUCCCAAAGACGGUGGAUCGUACUUUUACGAAUCCUUCUCAUGCCAACAAGCCGUCACCCUCGGUUAUGGCGGAAUCCAGUUCACUCUUCAGGGGCCAGCUGGAGGGUCUGUUGCAUUCGAACUACAGACAUCUGCGAGUUGCAACGCCAGUGACACAGGCAAUUACACCAGCUCCUACAAUGUUAUCAGCGGCUUGACGGGAAGCCAGCAGACCAUCGACUUGCCACUACUGGGCUUUGACAACAAUCCCAACUAUGAUGCCAUCGUUGGGCUUGUCUGGUCCGAGUUCUCUCAGACGAAUGCCAUCUGGUCCGUCGGCAACAUCAAGUUGACUUGCGGAGCUGUGGCUGUUCCAACCACCACAGCUGCCUCUACCACUACACUCUCUUCCACAACCCGUUCCAUAGUACCAACCUCCACCACUCGCUCUGUCAUCACAACGGUCACUAGGUCAUCCGCCAGUCCGACAGCUACUGCCUGCUCGAACUUGCUGAUCGAUGACUGGGAGUCACAAUCCCGCCUGACCUUCCUGGGCUACAAUGCCAUGAAUCAAGCCUCGAACGAUGACGGCACCAUGUCCUCCAUCGUGGUCAGUAACCACCGCGUCCUGCUGACCCCCAAGAACCAAGAGUCGUACUUUUACAGCCAAUUCGGCUGUCUGAACACUAACGACAAGUACGGCGGCAUCUCCUUCCGCAUCCGCGCCGCACGCGGCACCACCUUUACCGUACAAAUGUCCUAUUUCGCAACCUGCGGCUCCAGCACCGGGCGCAAGACCAUCUCCAUGACGUCCACACAGCUCAAAUGGACCUUUGACGGCACCGAGCGACUCUACUGGUUUCCCUUUUCCGUCUUCACCGGCCUGGACACGACAAAGCUCGAUAUGAUCUACUUUUCGUCCUUCAACGCCGCCGUGAUCCUCGGCCCCAUGUCCUUCUACUGCGGCAGCACCGCCUCCGAAUGCAUCCUCCCUUCCCUCCCGCCGCCUGCCAACACGGGCGCGUCCCCGACCGUGCCGGCCCCUUCCUCCAACGCCAAGCCCUUUGUCAUUGACACCUUCGCCAACAAGGACACCAACAGUCUCGGCCAGUGGCACGGUGGCGACGACGGCAUGACAGUCACUUUUGGCAAGAACUCCAUCACCAUCCGCACCAACGACUCUGACCUCGGCUGGAACACGCAGCUAGCAAGCACCUGCUUUGACAUGACGCCCUAUUCCACCGCCUAUCUGCACGUCGCCUACAGUGGGAGCAACAAGUUCUCGAUUGCCCUCCAACAACACAAUGCCCACUGCGACGACUCCAUCAAACCCUACCCAGAAACCUGGGACUCGCUCGAAGCCGCGCGCUACUCCUUCAUCACCACCGGAGGUAAAUCCGACAUUUACAUUCCCAUCUCCCACUUCCACAUCAACCUAACCCGCACCAUCGGCUUCAACCUCCGCGGCUUCUUUUCCCCUUCCGAAUCAACAACCAUCACCCUCCUCGAAAUCAUCCCCUCCAUCCCCUCAGGUAUUUCCAUCCCGCACAAACUCCCCUCCGGCACUCUCGUCUUCGCCUGCACGCGCCCCAACUCCUUCGCCUUCGCCAUCGACGACGGCGACCCGCACCUCGCUCCCCGCGUCAUGUCCAUCGUCGAAGCCGCCCAAAUCCCCGUAACCUUUUUCACGGUGGGCCUACCCCUACUAGACCCGUCCACGAACUUAUCCAAAAUCUACCGCGACAUGGCAUCAAAGGGCCACCAGAUCGCUUUACAUUCGUAUACCCAUCCGAAAAUGGAAGGGUUGCCUACCGUACAAGAUAUAGAUUGGGAAUACCAAAAUGAUAUAGGGGCUGUGCGACAGACGUUUCCAUCUAGUAAGAUAAGUCCGUAUUUUCGGCCGCCGUUUGGGACUGAAGGGGCGAGGAUGCGGCAGCGGUUGGUUGAAAACUUAGGAAAUGAAAAAGCGUAUAUAGUGGGCUGGAGUGUCGAUGUGGAGGAUUGGUUGUGGGCGGAGAGCGAGACGCCCGAGAAGCAGCUGGAGGCGUUUAAAAGAGAUUUGAAAGCGGGGGGAAACUUGGUGGUGAUGCAUUAUUUGUAUGAGAGCACGGUGGGGUAUUUGGAGGAGUUUAUACAGUUGGCGAAGGCGAGUGGGAAGCGGUUGAUGAGGGUUGAUCAGUGCAUGGAGGAUCCAGAGGCGCCGCCUUUGACGUGA